AUGCUCCUGCUCGCCCCGACUGCCUCUCUGGCGAGUAAUGCGCCCUCGCCCAGCCUUCUCUAUGCGUUCCUCGCUGCCAAUGCCUCUCGGGCGAAGGGGAUCUCUCGUCCCUUCUCCCUCCGUGCCCGCGACGACUGUCUUGCAGAUGCCACUCCUCCUCCCAUCUCCCUCCCUGCUUGCGCUGCAGACCUGGCGAACGUGUCUCACCCCUUGCCUUUCCCGCGUAGUGCCGCCACAGAUCAGGUGAGCCAGACCCGCCAGUCUGUCGUCUAUCAUGUUGCCCAUGCCGAUCAGGCGAGCGCGACCCGCCCCCCUGCCUCCCAUCAUGGUGCUGACGCACCUCACGCGAGCGCGACCCUCCGUUCCGCCCUCCUCCGCGCAGCCAACGCGGAUCAGAUUAUACCCAUAUUUCUCCUCUUCACUAUACUCAUGUUCCUUCGCUUCACAUAG